AUGGGUUCCCUCGGCGUCGACUACACACGCUAUCAGGACAUUCCCGAAACCAAGGCCGAGCUGAAUUGGGCCGACCUGAUCACCAUCGACCUGUCACGGUAUGACGACCCAGGCGGGAAACAGGCGCUGGCCGCACAGCUCAAGCACGCCAUCUCGACGGUAGGAUUCUUCUACGUGACCAACUUCGGGCUGUCGGAGGAGGAGGUGAAUGAGCAGUUCGCGCUGGCCAAAGCCAUCUUCGACCUCCCGGACGAAGAGAAGCAGAAGUGCCGCGUGGGCAAGGACGGGCUGGGCUUCUUUGGCUGGAAACCCCGGGGCAGCCGGAAACAGCAGCACGGGCUGGUCGACAACCUGGAGCUCUAUGAUGACCCGAAAUGGUGCGAUGCCUACAGAGAUCUGCCGCGCCCGGCGCCCCUGGUCCACGCCGCCGCAAAGGCUGAACGGUUCCAGAGACACAUGGCGACGUACGUGCUCCGGCGCCUGUUGAUCCUGUGCGCCAUCAUCAUGGAGCUAGAGGACGAGGAGGCCCUGUGGAAGCUGCACAACUACGAUACCAGAUCCCAGUGCCACCUCCGCUACAUGCUCUACCAUCCGCGGACCCGCGAGGAGCUGGACAUAAUGAAGAAGCAUAACGUCGACCACAAUGUGUACGGCCACACGGACUUCGGGUCACUGACGCUGCUGAUGCGCCAGCCCGUUGCGGCGCUGCAGGUUCGACCGUAUGGGGAGACAGAGUGGAAAUGGGUCAAGCCGCUCCGGGGCAGCAUCACGGUCAACGUCGCAGACACGCUGUCGUUCCUGACGGGUGGGUACCUCGAGAGCUCGAUUCACCGCGUCGUGCUACCGCCCGAGGACCAGAGGGAUGUCCCGCGCUACGGUGUGAUUUAUUUCGCCAACGCGGACGACGACAUCCUACUCGAACCGGUCAAGAGUCCGCUGCUAGAGAGGGAGAAGGUCCAGGGCGACAACAACAGAGCCAUGCCCCCGCAGGGGGUUACUGCUGAGGAGUGGGUCAAGAUACGAUUUGCAAGCAUCGACGCCAACUAUGCAAACAACAAGGACAACAAGGUCGUCGUGAAGAAUGUCGAGGUGCCUAGUUACGCAUGA